AUGUCGAGGUAUAUUGUUGAUCAUAUGUAUGGUCUGGAUUUGUCGAGCAACCAAUUAUCUGGUGAGAUUCCAGUUGAGAUUGGAGAUCUUGAGGGCUUCAAAUCUUUGAAUCUUUCAAGCAACCGCCUCACAGGCUCCAUACCAUACAGCAUUUCAAAGCUCAAGGACUUGGAGAGUCUGGAUCUAUCCAACAAUGAACUAUCUGGAAACAUCCCUCCUUGCAACCCCACGAGAGCUCCAGAGGAAAGUGCCAAUGAGGAAGAAGAUGAUGAAGUGAUAGACAUGGAGUGGUUUUACUGGACUUGUGGUGCAGUCUACAUCUCCACAUGCCUGGCCGUGUUUGUGUUUCUCUGCAUAGACACACGUUGGUCUCAAGAAUGGUUUUACCGUGUAGAUCUCUUCAUUCAUCACCUUCAACGCUUCAAGCGUUCUGCUUUCCGCAACUGA